UCUAAAGGCGAUGUAACUACUUUAUUGAGAAAACACGUACUUACUUUAUCUUAGCUAGGUGAGACAACCACAUCUAUCUUAAGAUGAAUGAGUUGCUCUGAGUAUGUGCGUCUGAUAUAUUACUAAAAUGUUUUAACAUUUUUGAAUGUAAAUGCAAUAGCAAGUGAAUGGUGAAUGAUGACUGGAGUCAUUUUCUUUCUAAGCGAGUAGAUAAGAUGUUUCUGACCACUUCUAAAUUAAUCCUGAUAAUGCCAUGAUUUAAAAAAAAUCAUGAAUGAAUCUAGAAUAAUGAUGAGUGAGAAAGUUACAGAGGCUACUACAAAAUCUCUCACCCAUACCAAUAAUAGAGGAGGUAAGCAUUUUUUGGGGUAUGAUCUUUGUGCCUCUGUAACCUUCUCAUGCAUCAUUGUUCAUGAUCCAUUCAUGAUUAUCCAUAAUCAUGGUAGCAUCCACAUAAAUGUAGAAAUGUUUAGAAACAUCCUCUUUUCUCACAAUAAAAGUGACUCCAAAAUGGCAAAGUGACUCUACAAACUCAGUUCCUACUGGGCAAAACAUCAUCCAAAACACAACCGAAACAUACUGCAAAUGCAUCCAACAAGUUUGUGGAGUCACAAGUCCUUGUGUUCAAGGAAUAUCAGACCAACUACUAAACUGACCAAAUACUAAAUACUAAACUGAGCAGUUUAAUACUCUGUAAGUGAAUUUGGCCAAGUAAUUAUGAUUUAAAAAAUACACAUCAUGACAUUAAUUGAGAAAAGUUAUGAAAAACAACCCCCACAAAGGUUUUUUGUCAAAGCCUGUGUACAGUUGUUAUCUAAUAAGGGGAAUGUUUGUUAAGAUUAAAAAGGAAAUUGAGAUGCUCAAGCAGACCGCUUCCUUGCAACCUUCUGUGGUGUAUUUUAGAUAGAUGACCUUUGAGAACCUGAAAAAUAACUCUUCAGAACAAAGUGUUUUACACCUGCUUAGAAUGUCAUACUUUACCUCGCGCGGGCUUCCCCGUUGCGUAAUGGACUAUUUUUUCAUUGGUUAUGUUAAUGUUUCCUCUGUAAAAUGCCUCGUUAACCAUUUUUGGUGGUGAUGCUGGUAGUAAUGAUAAUGAUGAUUAUUAUCUUUAUUACAAAAUAAAAUAAGUACAGCGGACACAACAACAGCAAAACAAAUCCAUUUCUCACAAGAAAUACACCUUUUGAUGUCACUAUCACAAUUGUAAUGUUGAUAGUUUCAUAUACUGCUCAUGCUAUUAACCUUUUGAGCAUACAUGUCAUAACGAGAAAAAAUGUAAUCUUACUUCAGCUCGUCAUGAUUAGGACACACCUGAGGUCAGCAACCGCCCGCUCUAGCCCCCUAUUACCACUCCUCUGCUUCUUCUAGAGAUCCUCACACACGAGGAAAGUUUAAUCUCAGACAAAACAUUUUUUAUUCCAUGAUGAAUUACAUCCAAAGAUGUAAGGAUGCAAAUGGACAACAUAUGACUUUUUGAACGUCUUGUCAGCAACUAUCCUUACAGUAUGUGUGGUCAGGAGUGACAAAAUAUGUGGUAAAAGAUGGAGCAGUCUGGGUCCUUGCUCUGUUCCUCCGCAGACUGAGGUCGGCGAGAAAGUGCAUAAUUUCAUUGUUUUCCCUCAGAUUGUGUGUUGCGUUCACACGAGAAGACAAGUUUCAAGUAAAUGUGUCUUGGUACACAUGAGAAAUCGUACUCCUCAGCAUAGCCAGUCCAAGACUUAAACAGGGGUAAAAGUAGACCUAGAAGAGUAUUUUAGCAAUGGAAAGUUAUUUAACAAUGUGGUUUGGAGAAUGUGUUGGGUAAUUGUAGGGUUUAGAGCCUGCCGAUAUCACUGCGGACUGUUUAGGCCCCUCAGGGUCAUGGUGGGGCAUUGCCUUUGUAACAGAGGUGGUUCAAUGAGCCAUGCUUGCAUGUUGAGUAACUUUGUCGGAAACCUAAAGACUUGCGCUAGCUUCCCAAGCUUAGGGUUUAGCUCAGUGAGCCAACACAAUUUUGUGGUGCGCAGACGACCAGGGCUGCAACCGAGACGGUCCCAUCGGUGCCAGUCAUUCAGUUGAUGCCUAUUAGCUGCUGGGGUCAUUGUGGAGAGGGAGACGAGGUCCUGAAGACUUGCGAAAGCUCCCCAAGCUAAUGCCUAGGUUUCAGACCACCGGGCUAACACAGACAACCCAGAUUCAUUUGAUUUACACUAAUUCAGUACAAUACGGUGGAUCACAUAAUCAACAAUCACAAAACAAACAAUUUCUGUGCACUGCCAUUGUGGCUUGUAGCAUUUAUUUGUUCUGAAAUAGGUUGUGUUUCAGACUAUUGAGGGUAGGGUAAGUCAUUUAUGCUUAUUUGUGUGAAACCUGUUACAGCGAUGUAGGACAUUUCCAUUUCGAUGGCAGGCGUAAACUUUUUUCCUACUGUAACUUCCAGGUAUAAAUACAGACUGGAUUCUGGCAAACACACAUUUCACGCAUCUGUUCCCUCUCUCACACGUUGCUUGUGACAUUUUCAGCAUCUCAUCCUCUUAAGAACAGGAAGACAGAAAGCGAGCAGGAGAUACGGAAGGUGUAAGGCCCAGGGAUGCUACAGACUGAGAGUGAGAGGUUGAAGAGUGGGCGACUGAACAGUGGGCGACAUCAGCAGCAGCGAGAGCAGCGAGAGGAGCCAGACGCAUGUACCCAGCCCAAAGAUUCUGCCUCACCUCAGCUCUGUGCUCGUACCUCUGUUACGCAGAUGGGCUUCCCAUUGAUGAUUAGACCUGGAGUUUCACUUAUGGCCUCGUCUCAGCUCCAAAGCAUAUUGUUACGGCAGUGUUCCAGUGAGGAGGAGGGGAGAUCGCUCCUGCAACGGGUGUCUCUGUGCCCCCAGUUGAGCCAGCACAGACCCUCUGUUCUACGCCAGGGUGUCCAGGCUGCCCACGUGCGACCGCAGGCACCAUGCACUCUAACAGAGGCCAGUUCAGCUCAGCCCAUCUCACUGUGCAAGGUGGAGGUGGACACAGGGAGCCGUGGACAGUCCUCUCCCCCACACUCUGAGCACUCUCCUGGGCCAACUCGUCACCCCUCUCCCCCGAGGACAGCCAGUCCUAAGCAGAGCUCCAUCAUCACCAGGCAACAUGAGGCAGGUCACCCAACCCUAGAGGGGUCCAGUGCUCUGUUUCUCAACGGACUCUGCUGCUGGCCUGGCUGCGAUGCAGUAUUUGAAGAAUUCCCCAGUUUUUUGAAACACCUCCACUCUGACCAUGGCCAUGGAGACAGAAGCAUUGCACAGUGGAAGGUACAACAAGACAUGGUGCAAUACAUGGAGACCCAGCUGACUGUGGAAAAACAGAAACUCUUCGCAAUGCAACUACAUCUGCACCUAUCUGGACACAAAUCAACUGUCUUGGCAGCUUCAGACUGGCCCUACAGGCACAGCCUGUCACUAGGCCUGCCCCAGAACCGAGGUGGAGUGUCACGCUGCACCACUAAAGAGCCAGAGGAGCUGGAGCAGCAUGAGUAUUGGCCCUCUGCUGCUCCCCACCACCUACGGCCAGAUCUUAUCCCGAGUGUUGAGUGUUACAAAUACAACAACAUUAGGCCACUGUACACCUACGCCUGCAUGAUAAGAUGGUCUAUACUGGAGUCUCCAGACAAGCAGCGCUCCCUGAAUGACAUCUACAACUGGUUCACCACCAUGUUCUUCUACUUCCGACACAACACGGCCACAUGGAAGAACGCUGUCCGUCACAAUCUUAGCCUCCACAAGUGUUUUGUGCGAGUGGAGGGAGGCAAGGGGGCCGUCUGGACAGUGGAUGAAAUGGAAUAUCAAAGGAGAAAGGGACAAAAAUACCACAGGGAUCAUCAUGUGAAAUGGCUGGCACCCUACUCCUUAUUUCGUCCAGAGGAACCUUGAACAUAGCCACCCCUUCAGUGAAUGAAAAACUACUGGAAAAGGAAGUCACUAGGACCUAUUACUGAAUCAAGGUAUUUUUUAACAAGGCUGGAGAAAAAGCCCUCCAGGAGGGUUGACCUGUCCUGGUCUACAGUAUCUACAGAACCUAUCAUCACCUUCUUUGUUCAGCAGCAGAUGGUGCUACAACAUAGCACAGCCCAGGACUCUUUUGCCUCUAGACUCUUUUAUUGUGAAGAUGUGUGCACGGCUGGAAUGGCUAUACGUUUUGCAGCAUUUGAAAGAAAAAUAUAUACUUAGCAAUUAUUUGUCAAUCAAACUUAGUGAAAGGGUUAACAAUUGUUUUGUUGUGUUGGCUACAUACCGUAUACUCUAUCCCACUGGGCUCAUCAUUGUAAACUGUUGUUUUGAGGGUGGAAUUUCAACCAUAGGAUUAGUUCAACAUUUUAAUUAAUUUUCAACAUAGACAAACAUUGUAUGAAAUAUAAUUAAUUUGUACCUUUGAAAUAAUGUCAGAUCAUCACUCAAUAAGUUAGCCAACAAACUUCUGGCUGAUUUAUUGAGUGGGUGAAUAAAGGUUGAAAUCGCAUUGAUCAACGUUUCUACCAAAUAUUACCCAAAUGUCCACUUAGAAAUGAAAUUGUGUGCCCAGUGGGAUGUUACAGCAAGCAUGUACAAUUUUACACUGUGUUAAAAAAAAUAAAAAAUACUCUGCAAUUAAAUGUAUCUUUGAUUAUAUAUUGUGGAUGUUAUCUGUCUAAUGAAUCUAUACCCUACAGGAAACAGUAUGACUCUGAUAUCUCAUCAAAACAAUGGAUCUAACAUUCCAUUGACAUCAAGCUAAAUAGUGUCUAUACAGUAGCAUUUGGUUUCUAAACAUCUCUAUUGUGUUUUUCUUGUUCCACUGCUAUUUAUCCAUUUUGCCGCAGACCCAGCAGUUGUCCUUCUGUGUGAACCAGGCUUUCCCUAGCAAGUGUUAUCCAGUUAUUUAUAUCCAAAGAUACUUUUCUAAAGGACAACAUGCCUUUA